AUGUCGAAAACUGAGUAUCGAAGUGUCAUAAAGUUUCUGUUUAAAGAAGGUUUAUCCCCUGCCCAAAUAAAAGAUCGAUUGGAUGGCGUGUAUAAGGAGUCUGCCCCCUCCUAUAGCACAGUGAAAAAUUGGGUGAAAGAGUUUCGCCUCGGGAGAGAAACCGUCGAAGACUUUGGCCACGACGGUCGACCUGUGGAAGUGCUCACUCCUGAAACGAUUGCUCUUAUCGAAGAGGAGGUUCUGAGUGACCGCCGUUUGAAGAUUAGAGAAAUUGCAGCAAAGCUUGGGCUCUCUAAGAGUACCGUUCAUCGCGCGAUCCAUGAACAUCUUCACAUGAAAAAAGUGAGUGCAAGAUGGGUACCGAAACUUCUUUCAGCGGUACAGAGACAGGAAAGAGUGCGCUGCGCUUCGGAGUUUUUGGAUCUUUGUGGCGAAAAUCCAAAGACUGUGAUCGAGCGGCUAGUGACUGGUGAUGAAACUAUGAUCUUGUAUUGUGAUCCACAAAGCAAGCGCGCGUCAAUGGAAUGGCGUUAUAAGGGUGAAAAGCCCCCUAGAAAGGCAAAGGUGCAACAAUCGACUAAAAAACUGAUGUGCACAAUAUUUUGGGAUUUUCAAGGCAUUUUGAUGGUGGAUUUUAAAGAACGUAAUACAGUCGUGAACGGCGAAUAUUAUGCUUCUUUAAUAUAUAAAUUACGAGACAAGAUAAAGGAAAAACGAAGAGGCAAGCUGUCUAAAGGUGUCCUGUUGCUCCAUGACAACGCCCCUGUUCAUACCGCUGGUGUUUCGAAGGAUGCAGUUCGUCAAUGCGGGUUCACAGAAGUUCAACAUCCACCUUACUGUCCAGACAUGGCCCCGUCCGACUAUUAUUUAUUUCCAAAUUUAAAGCGGGACUUAAGAGGAAGAAAAUUUUCAAGCGAUGAAGAGUUGCAGGCGGCCGUCUUCAGUCAUUUUGAGGAUAAAAAAUGUGAUUAUUUUUAUAAAGGUUUAGAGAUGUUGAUUCACAGAUGUCAGAAUUACUGCAAGUGUUCUUCCAAAAACAAAAAUAUUCGCAGAAACAUUCAGUUCUUGCAUUGUAAAAAUGUCAAAGAAAUUAUUGAAGCUCUCCUUUAUCAGGAAGAUGGUUCAACAAACGCCAGCAGAACUAAGUUAUACCAGCGUGCACAUUUCAAAACGAAAUCUUUUAAGCCCCGUCAUUAUAAAGACACUUGUGUUCCAAUGACUCCUUCUAUGCAUACAAGGUUACGAUAUAUUGGGCAUUGUCCACUUGAGCCAGCGAAACCAUUGGAUUGGAAAACUAGGCAAGCGUUCACCGAUUACGAGUUUGUAUCAUCAUCCGAAGACGAUGACGAAGACGGUGGUAUUUUGAGAUUUAGAAAGAAAAUUAAAACCAAGAAAAAAGUUCGCUAUUACGAUCUUUUACCGGGCGAUAUAUAUUUGCCAACGCCGUCGCCUGUUAUAAAGCAUACGUCAUCAGAUCAAUCCAUAUUAAAUGUGGCUAGUCCUAAAAUAAGUGGUGAAGUGAUAUCAGCCCAAAGAGCAUCUGUGCAUGCUGCAGACUUGAAACCGCCGUUGCCACCGAAGUCAGGUUUUGAAUUGAUAAAACCGCAUAGUGGAAUCAUCAUCAACGCAGAUAAAGAUUACAUCUUGGACAUUCCAGAAAUGCCGGGGUACAAAUUACCAGGGAUAUGUAGUAAGAAAACGUGUACCCGAAAAAAAUGUCGAAAACGCGCUGAAAUACGGAGAAGACAAAGACAGUUAAGAAACAGGUCACACUUUGAUGUUCCCUAUACUAUAAUAGGAGUAACUGAUGGAAAACCUAGGGCCAGGGGCACGCAGAAACAUUUAAAAGACGACGAUUCUGUUUGUGGCUUAGAUGAAAUACCAAAACCAGAACAUGUUCAUAUUCCUAGAAAUCUUAAAAGAGGGACUCUACGGACACACUCUUUAACAGUAUUGCCAUGUACGAAAGAGAGAAGACCUGACAUUCACUAUGGUAUUUUGACGGGUACCUUUAACAUGUACGACACUAAAUUUGGGACUCGAUCGAGAGGCAGACAGGCAUUAACUAUGAGCGUGAUGGCAUACUGUCUUGCAUUUCAUUAUCAUCCCAAGCAGUGGACAAUUAAGCUCGUAGACAAUCUUUUAGAAGCUGGAGAUCAAUGGUAUUUACAAUGCUUGGAAAAAGUACAUGACCACUCAUCGGUCCAGGGCAUGUGUGAAGUGUUGCCUUUCGGGAAAAAACAAACAUUGGUAUUAAAUGGAAAGCGAAUGCAGGUGCUGCUUGGAGAGCCUGAUAUAGUUGGUUACACUAUGUCCCUGGAUCCCACUGUUUAUAAUUUGUGUAGAGGCUUAAAGGCGUUUUUCUCAGAAUACCGCGCUGGUAUACUACUUACCAGAGUUCUGAAGGUAAUAAUAUGGAAGGACAACAUAUGCUAUUAUAUUUUCGAUCCCGCUGGAAGAGAUUCGCGAGCAUAUUCGAAUUUUACAAACGGCUGCGCCGCUUUAAUAAAUGUUAAAGACGUGGACUCCGUCGCUGAAGUAGUUUUAGCUCGGAGCGUUGUAGAAGAUCAGAAGUUCGUUUUAGCGCCCGUUAAAGUCCUUAAAAUGGUGGAUGAGAAAGCUGAUGAAGAUUUUGAAUCCGAUAAAGAACUAACACAAGCGGAAAAGGCAAUGAUGAGUUAUAGAAUCCUCAAUGAAAAUUGUGCUCUUGUUAACGCAAAUAUGCAUUUAGGGGAUAGAUGUUUUGAAGACGCAAAAUACCGCCAGGCUUUACCAAUCGCUAUAGUUGCAAUGACUUAUGCGAAAAUCUCUCCUCCUAAUACGUGGUUCACGAAAACUCUGGAUAAAAUUUUACGUUUAGGCAAUAAGCUUUACGUUGACUGUGUCCACCCCAAGGUGAUGAUUGACAUGACGAUAGAUAAUAUUCCCAACGAAAUAAUGAUUGGCCCAUAUGUUUGCGAAAUCAUAAUCUACAGAGAAAGAGUAAAAGGGCAACUAUUCACGACUAAAGAGUGCUUCUUCAACAUUAAGACUGGUUUAGAAGAUUUCUUCAAUCGCGAAUACAGCAGUGGUAUUCUUGAAUUCAAUAACUAUUCGCUAGCAGUGUGGAGACAAAAAGAAAUGUAUUACUUAUUUGACCCUUAUCCGCGAACAAAUGAUGGCAUGAGAUCUACAACCGUUGGUAAGGCUUGUUGCUGGAUGCUUUUAAACCCCGAGGCGAUGGCGUCAGUUUUUACGAAGAAUUGGGACUACUUGCCAGCCACUACUCCGUUCCACAUACACGCAUUUAAAGUAUUGAAGUUGAAAAAAAGAGAACCGAAGAAACAAAUAGUUUGUACUCUAAGUGACGAACAAUUACCUGGCGUUAAAAGGAAAAGGGGUGAAAUUUUAACUAAUCGAGCUCAUGGUGAUGGCAAGGAGGUCUUUCAUGAUAUCUUACCUGCGGAAACUUUAAAUGAAAAUCCAAUUAAUCCUCGUAUAGACGAAGAGCAAAUGGGAGAUAUUGUAUCCUUAGUUGAUAGCAUACAAGACGAUUAUCUUCCUCCAAUACCACUACGAUAUAAAAAGCCAGAACCUGCGACCGAAGAAUUAAAAAUUGUAAACCUGGAUUCGCCGACGGUGUCAGUGACACAGGUGGUGCCACCGUGGCCGGCGCCGCGAGACAAAAGCCGGGAGCCGCCCGAGCCCGAUCCCGACCCCGAGCCAACUCCGCCGCCUACGCCGCCCACUAUGCCGCCACCGGAGGGAGGAGAAGAGGAACAAGAGGAAGAAUCUGAGGAAGAAGAAGAUGAAGAGGCAGCUACUAAGAGAAGAGAAGAGAAGGAAAGAAAGAAGGCAGAAGAAGAAGAGGCGAGAAGAAAAGCAGAAGAACUACCACCACCACUACCGCCACCUCCACCAUCACCACAGCCCGAGCCAGAAGUUCCGCUCGCGCCAAUACAGAUUGUAGAAGACGAGGUUCAAACAUUUGAACCAGUCGUCGUAGACCGUCGGAUUCUUCUCACGGAGGAUGCUCGUAACCGCUCGAAAUUGCGUCAGACUAGAAGAAAACUAACUCCACCGUUAGAUGAAAUACCUCUAGAAGUGACCCCGUCUGAGGAACUCGCGAAACCGAGCAACUUUAAAGAUCUACCUGACAGCUCACAGAUUAUUAGGGGCUCCUCCGCCAUAAAUGAUGCAGAUGCUAAUGAUGUCCUGCCCUUCGCGGCGAUAAUGGCCAUCGUCACUUCAUACAAAUAUGCCAUUAACACGUGGACCGGUGGAUUGGUGAAUUUCGUUUUAGAUACGGCCAAGAAACUGCACCAGAACAAAGAGGAAAAGUUUCAGCUCGCCCCUGUUCAUAUUAUACCGAAAAUAACGAUAGGACGUCAGACAUAUCGCGCGGACAUCGACGUGGUUGGACAAGGUGCCACGUGGCAACUUGAAAAUGUUAUAUCACAAAAGUUAUUUGAUAAAUAUGAUAGAGGAAUGAUCACCACUCCCUCAUACAGUUGUGCUGUUUUCAAAAGAAACGAUCUCUAUUAUUUGUUUGAUGGGAGUCCUUGCAAUCCAAUGGGUGUUAGGGAUGAGAAGAACAAGGGAAAAGCGUGCUUAUUGCGAUUUAAGACGUUACAUGAUUUAGUUAUCAGAUUGCUUUAUAAUAAAGACGGAUUAAGAGAUGAUCAACAAUUUAUUCUGAGCAGAAUUUUAGUAAGGCGGCUUUUGGCUGAACCGAGAUUUAAAUUGCCAGAAGACUACGAUUAUUCUACUGGUCAGCCGCAAUCCAAGAAAUCGAAACCGUCGAUUGUUUCCAAUACAAAGGAAUCAGAUAAGAAAAGUUCAAUUGACACUUCUGAAAUAAAGAGCGAAACAGUGAUUGGCUAUCAACAAGUCGACGGUCUGUAUAGAAUUGAAGGAACAACAGGACUUAAAGACAGAAAUACUAAUUCCGAAGUAAAAGUUUGCCAUUUCGUUUGUUUGAUUGCGAUGCUAAUGGCAACGAUGCACCCAAUAAGAACUUGGGAUCACUUUAUGGUUGAUAUGUGCCUUGAAAAAGGUUUAGAAAUUUUUGAUAAAGCUACUAAUCUAAGCGUCUGCGAAAAGAGAGUUAUUAAAAAUAUCAUUCUAGACGGAAAAUUGAUUAAUGUUAAUAUUAAGAAAAUUCUUGUUAUUAAUGAGAAUCAAGAGAAGCGACUUGAACAAUAUUUGAAAGCUGUAUUGGGGCGGCUUCGCUAUGUCAUUAUUAGGUUCCCACAAUGUAGUAUGCUAAUAUGUCAAACAGAAGGUUAUUAUCAUCUUUUCGAUCCAUAUCCACCGCCAGCUGGGGAACCUGUGGAACCGGGUAUCGAAAAUGAAGAUGACGAAACUGUCAAAGGUAAACAAAAGAAGAAACCAAGGUCUGUGGCAACAUGGACGCUAUAUCGUACAUUAGAGGCCAUAAACCGUAGAAUAAAGAAAGUUAUUUCAGGGAAAGCUGUUGAUCAGCCCGAAUUUUAUACAUUUGAGUUGACAUCGGUGAAAACCGCGCCGAAACAUUCGGCCCUAAAUUACCGUCUAAGCCCUCUUUUCAAGCCUGAUAGGAAUCCAAAUUCCCCAUAUUUGAAACGAAAAAAAUCGCGUCCUAUCGUUGAUGAGAAAAUGUACUGGUUAAACAUUGAAACCAUUCCAUGGUCACGCAUGAAUCCCACAAAUGAUUUGGGAUUUGAAAGAAAGACUCCGAAGUCUGUGUGGAACGAUUGGGACAUCGAGUUUCCAGGUGAUCUCUAUUCGCUUUGGGGAACAAUCCAUCCUUUGGAUCAAAGAUUCGAAAAACUCCAUCGAGGGAAACAAUAUUUGGCUACAUGUGCCGUGGCUAUUUUCUUGACUCAAGUAUGUAAUUUCAGUGCUUGGACUAGCAGCCUUCUCAACGGCAUAGUAACUGCUGGCGAUAGAUAUCACGCAAAAACUGUUGCCAAAGUUGAGAAUAACGUUAAUUACGAAAUUACUAUGAAUGACUUGGAUACAAAAUUCGAUGAAAUGUUUCCGUAUUCUUUUACCGUUAAAUUCGAAAACGUCAUCUUCGGGUCUGUCUACAAUACAUAUCCUGACCGUUUUAAUUUAAGUAAAGCGUUGCAAUACUUCUUCGAAAAUAAUAAGCUUGGAAUAUUAAUUAGCCCUACGAAAAAUUUGGCAUUUGGAAUAGUCGGCGAUUCAUAUUUUAUGUUCGAUUGCCAAAGCUAUGGUACACCGAUAUUUUCACCAGGACAAGGAGCAUCGUAUAUUCUUAAAUGUGAAAGUCUUAACAGGUUAAUUUAUUGUUUGACUGUAACAUUGAAUAUAAGACGACAUGGCCAACAGUUUCAUUUAUAUAGUCUGGAUGUGGGCGUAGCUGAGAAGGCAAAAUAG